AUUAAGGAUAUUGUGAGCUUGCGAAAUACCUCCCCAUAUUUAAUUAUAUUGUUUAAAUCGACUGCUAUGGUCAAUUAAAUGUGCUUUAACGACGUUUAUUUUCCUACAAACCCUUUAUAGCAUGUUAGCUAACAACUAAGCAGUGAACAACUGUGUCAGAGCACUUUAGACAUUUGAAAUUCCCUCUUGGGGGGAUAUUUCAUGGAUUAGUUCAGCAUGUGACCGCCGCCUCUGCAGCCAUAUAUAUCAGCAGCAGCAGCUCACAUGCUUUCUUCCCCCCCGGACGGUAUGCUUAGCUGCUUCAAAGUUAGCUUGUAGUCAAACCGGGCGUUUGGCGAUUAAACUUCAGACAGUACGGAUCAACUGUAAGUUGCUCUUCAUCACCGGAAGCACUUGGCUUUGAAGAUGGAUGAGGCGCUGCUGACGGUCAGCAAUGAGCUGAACUCCAGCGUGCUGGUCUCCUGGAAGUCAGAGCGCUGCUACCAGUGUUUGUACCAGCAACUCGGAAAGGUGGAUGGAGCGUCCAGCCCCGGCCAGCCGAGUACGGCCAGCUUCACAGUGAAAACGCAACAUGCAGUGACGCUACAGCUCAACAAUACUAGCAACAACAAUGAGCUCUGCAAUGUCCAGUUUCAUUUUGGGGAACAUGGAAACUACUCUCUGUGGAUAAAAAAUCUGAAUGGUUCGGCUCAGGCCAAUUGCUCCGUUGUGACAGAUGCAGUCCCGCUGAACAGCUACAUACCAAUUUUGGUGGCUUUUUUUGUUUUCGUCGGACUGGCUCUGAUGUUUGCCAUUGGAAAAAGAAUAAUGAGGUUCGACGCCGUAAAGCGUUUGGUCGUCCGUAUCGGCGGCUCCAUGGAGACCGAGAGACUCAUCAACUCUGAACUGGGCUCCCCUCAGACAGAGGCGCCACUUACUGACAACAUCCUUCCUCCUCCUCAGAGUCCCCGCAAAAGGCUUCGAUCUCUGGAUACUUUCAGAGGCAUCGCUUUAGUGAUUAUGGUGUUUGUAAACUAUGGAGGAGGAAGAUACUGGUUCUUCAGACAUGAAAGCUGGAAUGGUCUUACAGUGGCGGAUCUUGUGUUUCCAUGGUUCGUGUUCGUCAUGGGGACGUCCAUCGCGCUGUCCAUCAACUCCCUGUUGCGUGCGGGCCUGACCCGAGGCUCUCUGCUCAGGAAAAUAGUGUGGAGGAGCAUCCAGCUUUUCCUCAUCGGUGUCUUCAUUAUCAACCCAAACUACUGCCAGGGCGGACUGUCUUGGGAGAACUUACGGAUACCUGGCGUGCUGCAGCGACUUGCCUUCUCAUACUUGGUUGUUGCCAGUCUGGACUUAAUGGUGGCGAGAGGUCAUCUGGACGUCCUCCAAACAGAUGCUUGGUGGUCUCCAUUCCUGGAUGUGUUGCUGUACUGGCCAGCCUGGGUGGUUGUGCUUCUUCUGGAAGUUCUCUGGUUGUCCCUGACUUUCCUUCUUCCUGUGCCCGACUGUCCAACAGGAUAUCUGGGUCCAGGCGGGAUCGGGGACAUGGGCCUGUACGCCAACUGUACUGGCGGAGCUGCUGGUUUUCUCGACCGUUGGCUGCUGGGAGAAAAACACAUCUACCAGACUCCCUCAUCACGGGUCCUUUAUUUAACUCAAAUCCCAUAUGACCCAGAGGGAGUUCUUGGAAGCAUCAACUCUGUCCUCAUGGCUUUUCUUGGAUUACAGGCUGGGAAAAUAAUUUUACACUACCGGGAUCUCCCUACGAGUAUCAUGUCAAGAUUCCUCAUAUGGGGGCUCUUCAUGGGAGUCAUCUCAGCAGUUCUGACCAGGUGUUCCACAGACCAGGGUUUCAUCCCUGUCAACAAGAACCUUUGGUCACUGUCUUAUGUGACAACAUUGGCUUGCUUUGCUUUUGUGCUGCUGGUGCUGGUCUACUACACAGUGGAUGUAAAGAAAUGGUGGUCUGGCUCCCCUUUCUACUAUCCCGGUAUGAACUCCAUCCUUGUCUACGUCGGUCACGAGGUGUUUGAAGACUACUUCCCCUUCCGCUGGCGCAUGGUUGACAGCCAAUCCCACACUGAACACCUCAUCCAAAACCUUUUUGCAACUUGCUGUUGGAUUUUUAUCUCCUACAUACUCUACAGAAAGAAGAUUUUCUGGAAGAUUUAGUGAAGGACCAGAAGGAGCAAAGAAAACAGAGGACAUUGUUAACUGAGAGUAUUUUGAUCUUUUUUUUUUGGAAAAAGCAAUGACCCACUGGUUCAGGUCUUUUAUUGGUGGUUAUUAUCUUUUCUUUCUAGUACCAUCUGUUUUUUUUCUCUACCUCUGUCUUUUAAACACUUAAAAAAUGCAGAACCAUGAAUGUUUUACUCUGAAUGGCCUCCUUCUUUGGAAAAGUAAGUCACUUUUAAAGCAUUACGCUGAGCUUUGCCAAAAACUGACUGAGGAACACUGAUUUUGUUCAUUUGUUUUCUAACUUCAGGCUACAAUCUUUGUCAAAAGCAUAUUGCUGGAGUUCUUUAACCCAAUUUCUUCACACAACAAGCAAUGUGACACAUUCUGCUGUCUUACCACCCGCUGUACUAGUGAAAGUGGAGAAUGUCAAAUAAAGAUGGAAACUUGUUUUGGAAAACUUGUUUGACAUCAUUAGAAAUGCUGAAAUAGUAUUUUUUCUGUUUAAAUGGAUGAAAAAAAUACACUGUUUUUUUAGCUUUUGCCAAGAGCUAUGUAGCUAAAGAGCUCCUCAUUGUUUUUCCUCCACACACAAUGUAUGUAUGGGUCUACUUUUUGAGACUGUCAGUUCAUAAAAACUUAACUUUUAACAAACCUAUAAAAAAUAAUUUCUUUAAGAUGUGUAUUUUAUCUAAAUGCUGUCAAACAUUUGUGUGUGUCUAGUACUGUUAAAGUUGAUUCCAACAUUUUGUAAAACUUUUAUAAAUAUAAUGAUUACAAAUUCUGACUUUGGAAAUGAUAUGUAAUAAAGGUUAGUAGAAAUUUUUACUAUG